CUUAAUGAUUUCUGGUCCCAGGAAUUCCUUGACACUUUCUUGUGAAAGAAUUGAAUUUUCAUUCCACUCCUUCUGAAAAUAGCUCCUGAAUUCCACCCACUUCCUCUGCCAUUUUUCUUCAAUAGUAUCUUACAUAGUUUGGCCCAACUCUUCGCAGGUAGAAAUUGAGGUGUAGAUAUUAUCAUGGAGAAACUUGGUAAAAGUGGAGAAAAGAAAAAGAACUAGUCUCGAUCCUUCCAGUUUCUAACUCCAGUCCUGAUUACAUUAGAUUCAUGGCUCAGAAUGUAAUUUAAUUUAUCUUCAGUCUGAUUCUUCCUUCUUUACUUGUAACUCUCCACAGAGAAAUACUGUUAGCUCAAUGACCUGGGAAAAUCACUCAAUAUUGAUGGAAUUUGUGUUCCUGGCCUAUCCCUCCUGCCCAGAACUGCGUAUUCUGUCCUUCGUUGGGGUCAGCCUUGUUUAUGGAUUGAUCAUCACUGGGAACAUCCUCGUUGUAGUGUCCAUUCACACAGAAGCCCGUCUAUGCACACCCAUGUACUAUUUCCUGGGCAGCCUUUCUGGGAUUGAAAUAUGCUACACUGCAGUGGUAGUACCCCAUAUCCUGACCAACACCCUACAGUCAGAGAAGACCAUCACCCUCCUGGGCUGUGCCACCCAGAUGACUUUCUUCAUUGCACUGGGCAGUGCUGAUUGCUUCCUCUUGGCUGUCAUGGCCUAUGACCGCUAUGUGGCCAUUUGCCACCCCUUGCAGUACCCUCUCCUCAUGACAUUGACUCUUUGUGUCCACUUGGUUGUGGCAUCAGUCAUCAGUGGUCUGUUCUUGUCCUUACAACUGGUAGCCUUCAUCUUCUCUCUGCCAUUCUGCCAGACUCAGGACAUUGAGCACUUCUUUUGUGAUGUGCCACCAGUCAUGCAUCUUGUUUGUGCUCAGAAUCACAUUCAUGAGCAGUCAGUGUUGGUGGCAGCCAUACUAGCCAUUGCUGUGCCUUUCUUCCUCAUCACCACCUCCUACACCUUCAUAGUGGCUGCUGUGCUCGAGGUCCGCUCGGCUGCUGGCCGCCACCGGGCCUUCUCUACCUGCUUUUCCCACCUCAUUGUGGUGCUGCUGCAGUAUGGCUGCUGUGCCUUCAUGUACCUGCGCCCCAGCUCCAGCAACCACCCCAAGCAAGAUCAGUUCAUCUCACUGGUGUACACAUUGGGAACCCCACUGCUCAACCCACUCAUCUAUGCCCUGAGGAACAGUGAGAUGAAAGAGGCCAUAGGGGGAGUUCUUACCAGGAACUGGCUUUCCCAGAACAGCUAGGAAAAUGAGUGGACAACCUAUCAGGCAAGUAGUUGGUUCUAGCCCACCAAAUCUCUAUGAAACUGAAAUUUCUAUCAUUUGGUGUUAAAACUCAUCUAAAAGAUGGUAUAAAUUAUAUGUAUACUGUUUAAGUGUUCCAAAG